AUGCAGGUCUAUUUGGUCAUCGUGUGGCGUGGCCAAGCGACGGUGCCCACAGGGUCGCCAUUGCCUCUAGCUGCACCAGCUCGUGGUGAGCGUUUGCUGCGACAGCGCGUCCUGGAGGUCUUGGCAGCAGAGGCAUAUGGUGAUGCAACUCUGGCUUCUUCCUUGCGGGAAGAACUGCAAGAACUUGCUUCUGACCACUUCGGCGCCACUUGGAAACACCGAUUUUCAGCGUGCAAAUUUGGUAGGCUAAUCGCAUCUACUUCCUGGUGUUUCUUGUGA